UAAUAAAUAGAAACAUAUAUCUACAUUUCGUGGAUGUACAAAACGUGACACAUUGGAUGGAAUUAUCUAAUUUGUAACAAUAGUUACGCAAGAGACUGCGCAGUCUACGAAGCUUCGAGCGGUCGCUAGUCAGCCUCUGUAACCUGAACGUCCCGGGCACAGGGACAGCCGUGACGUGUAUCCCUGUAUUCGAUUUUUGAAAAUUUGCAACUAAAACUCAAUGAGACAUUACCUUUUUAUUAAACCUCAAGUAACGUAUUUAAAUUUUCGAACGAAAUGUAAUAAUUCAAAUUUGGAACGAUAGUUUUUUUUUCGUGAAUGAAGGCACUAAGCGUUAGUCAGCGUGUGUGAAUUUUACGGACGUGUUCGUGUUAAACUUGACAGUUCUUUUGUGUUCUUUAAUUAUAUACAGAAGUCGUGCUAUGGGGAGUGGUUGCUACAGAUUUUUUCUCUAUAAUGAAGGAAUUGAUUGGGUGCGCUGCCACGGUGGAAUGAAAAUGCAGCAACAAAACUAGAACAACCACGAACUUUUCCCUUUCAAACGGAAAAUGGAAACUAUUUGACUAAAGAAGCGCGGCCGGGACGGAAACAUGACGAAUGUGAAAUUAAAACUAAUGUUUUAUUUACUAAACGCAUUACUAUCGGCUGACUUAGUACAUUCAAGGCCAUAUUCUGACUUCAAUUCUACUGAUAUAGUUAUGAAUUUUUCUAAUAACAGUAGUUUUAACAUACCAGUAGAUUCUAAUUCCGAUACUCUUAUAGUUGCAAAUGAGGAUGAAACUCCUGAAGAGACUAACAAGAAUUCCCACACAAACAUGGAAGCAAUAGUCAACGCAGAACAAGAUCGAGACGAAGCUUUCUCGAGGAAUAACAAACAAGACCAAAUUAGCAUACUAGAAAUACCAAACAACGAAGCGGAAGCUUUCGAGAAACAAUUGAACAUAUCAAGUCCUUUAUUAGAAGAGAUGAUUGAUUCAGAGUCAGACAGAGAAGAAACCUUGACAGAUAUACUAUUUAGGCCACAAUCUGAGUUUGUGAACUCGCCAAAAUUCGAAUUUUUAAUCGCAGCCAAAAUUAAUGAUAGCGAAAAUGGCACUGCGAAAGAUAGUGCGUUUAGUGUUAAUAGUUUAGAUAAGAGAUAUAGAAAUAGCACAGAUGUCUUGAGAAAAGUUGACUAUGUGGAGCUGGUUGAGGUUAUAAAACCAUUGAAUACAAAUGAGAAUAAAAGUGCUUAUAACUUGGCUAACAUAACAGCCCAUAAUGUUGAAAAUGACGUGGCUCCCGACACAAUUUUAUCCAUGUUUUCAGGUUUCACGGACACGCAGACGCUGUUCUUGGCCUGCUUCGCCACCUUCCUGCCGCUGCUGACCGUGCUCUUCGCGAUGAUGCUCAUAAGAUGUGCGAUGCAAAGAUGGUGUCCGCGUUGGUGCAAGACGGAGUCAGCGUCCUCCAUAUCUAUCAGCAGUGAGAAGCAGGUGACCCGUCAGCAGCAAAAGUCUUCGACAGACGGUGGAGCCGGUGGGGAAACGCCUCCAGCAAACGGAUCUAUCUUCACUAUGACGCUGAAAAACAAUCAUCUCAUAGUUGAAACUGAAGAAAGAAACGACAUAACUAAAAAUGGUCGCGAAACCAAAAUGAAGUAUUCUCCAGAUAACGAUGGCAUAUUUGUUGUGGAAGUCCAGCAGUCGACAGCAUACAGACCGAAUAACAAAUCGAUCCAGAGUUCUCCACCCCAUGACCCUCAGAUUUCUACCAAUCAGGCGCUGAUUCAUCGAGUACCCGAAGAGUUAGACAAGAAAGUUAUUUUCGAAGAAGACAGUGAAAGAAGCAGCAGUAAAUUCGAGAAGCAAGCCUUAGCGUUGUCGAGUACAGGUCUAUCGAUUUCCGACCUCAGCAUGUCUUCUAUAGGGUCGCAUAACGUAAGUUAUUCGUACAGCAGCCAAAUGGGUUACGACCAAGGCCCUUUUGGUUAUCCCAUAUACGCAGGAUAUGACACUUCUAAAGACGAUGUCGGAGAUGCAAUAAUACACGACAACUCACAGGAGCCUCUAAUAGGUAAGACACCAACGGAUCCAGAUAAACCGGUUGUAACAGCAGCGAUUUUUAAACAAGAUUCUAUAAUAAGCAACGAAGUUUUGAAAGGUCCUGGAUAUUGCAUCGAGGGCUCUACUGAUGGUCCCCUGCUUUCUGAUGUGCAAGCUAGAGAAUACAGUUUGCAACAUUUGCAUGAUCAGAAAGAAAAGAAAUUGGAGAACGGAGUAGCUACACCGGUACCGGAAAGAGUUGAUAACAAAACAUUCAGUAGAGCCGACAGCUUACCUAUGACCUUGGAAGAUGAAUCAAAUGUAAAGGUAAUGGAGACUAUAGCAGAAGAUUUACCACAUAAAGAUAUUUUGAAAGGUAAGAGAGGAUCGUUACCUGUAAUAACCACUGAUAUGUACGAAUCGGUGAAAGAAGUCAUCCAGACUGGAUCCCCUAAAUUCGAGAAAUUCAUCAACGAAAUGUCACCAGGAGAAAGUAGUUUCGACAGUCCUCCCAUGAUAACCAUAACUGAGGAGAGUGAGUCGUGCAAGUCUGAUAGCACCAGUUAAUUCAUCUCAAUUUUAUUGUAAAUAGGUGUAAGUAUCGAAUGAAAGUUUGAUGGAUAUUUAAAAUUCGGUAGGAGUUUUAUAUGUGAUACCAGUCAAUAUUUAACUUCGUCGAAACUUCAAAAUUCUUUAUGUUUUAUAAAGUAAACAAGAUUUUUCAAACUGUUGCGUUGUGAUCAAGUUAUUGUACAAAGAUAACGCGUUUCUUUAGAAGUAAGCGUGAAUUUCUGAUCUGCUAAGUAUUGCAACGGUUGUUUUUUGUGUAUUAAUUUUGUGAUUCCUGAAAUUAUUGUAAGGUAAGACUGGUAUCACAUUGUGGUAAUAUGCAACAAUUUUGUAAAAUUUUCUUAGUAAGUGGUAGUCGUUCGCUGUAAGCUUCCAUAAUCUGUUUUCAGUUGUUUAAUAUUUCGUUUUAUGAAUGUUGCCGUCUUUGACUGUGAACUUGUCUAGAUACAUGACGUCAUCAACAAUGUGUUAGAUGAUAGUCAAGUGUUUCGACAGGAGUAUGGUCAAAGUGCCUGUAUUAGAGAUUCUAACGUAGUUCGUACCGAUGUGUUUAUUUCUCGUUAUAUGUGUCUUGAGAUAAUAGGAAAAAGUUUCCAACAUUUGUACUGUAAGACGACCAAUUUGUUGCCGAUGCAGUUAUUUAUCUGUGCUUUAUGACCUUAGUUGUGGGUUUGAUUCCCAGGUUCCCAGUUCAGUAUAUUUUCUAAAUUGGAUUGGGUUUCAGUCGUGGCUUACAAUAAACCAAAUAUUUUUGACAAAUAUGUAAACAGCCAGACAAUAAUGAUGAUUUUUUUCAUUUAUAUAAACGCAUUGUCUACACCAAUCAUGAUCAAGUUUCAAUAAACUGUACUUUUUACAACUUAAAUUUUAGACUGCAUCAUCACUUGAAAUGGUGUGAUUCCGCUAUUUUAUAAUCGUCUAUGUAAUAUGCCAAUAUUAUAUAACAAGUUUUAUAACAAUUUGAACUUUAUUUCUAUGGGAUGCCAAUAUAGUUACUAAGAACGAAGUUGUCAUGGGAAUGAGUGAUGUCACAUCGCUGUAACUUUACAGAAUACAGGUACAGAUGUCACUUGUAGAAACGUUAAUUCUUUCGUGUCAUUUUUAAUGCAAACGGACUACAAAAAAUUAUAGUCGUUUACUACAAAUGUUAGAAACCUAAUUAGUACGUCUUAUAUACUAUCACUGUAGAGCCAUAGGUAAUCUGUUUUAUAUUAAAUUUCGUUUUGUAGAUUUUCUUUUUCUUUUCUAAUCUGCUUUGUAUAAAAAUAUAGUCAGUGGUAAUUGACGCGGUGAUAUAUAAAAGAAGUUAAAAAUUAUAAUGUUCCUAUAUUAAUGUUAUUGUUUAGUUAAUUGAUAGUUUAGUUUGAUAUAGGAUACAUAGAACCUUAUUGGCCGUGGCUUAGGUUUGUGGUGAGUUGGUAUUUUAAUUUGAUUUAUACAAAAAUAAAGCCAUAUACGAGUAAUAUUUAUUUGAAAAAUGUUACAUAAAUAUAAA